CCUCCAUCUGCAUCAUUCCAACACAUCACUGUAGGCUUCAACAGGUGGUCAGAGAUCGAAAAUAUGACCGAGCGCACUAGUGAUGAGCAAUUGGACAACGGGGAAACCAGUGAGAUCUCACACUGUCAUACCGCUGAACCGGAAGCCACUACACUCGCACUGUUCGACAACGCAAACAUGAUACAGCAUAACUACGGCUUGAUCAAUAGUGCUUCUACAUGGAACCUGGCUGACGAGUCGUCUUUCGAUAAUGAAUCCGAGAUUCGUUAUGAAGGUAGCGUUCGAGUCAAACGCCUCUCGUGCCCUUCGUCCAGUACUGGAUCUGGUCCGACUCUGAGAAUCUCUGCAGAUGCAGAUGCAGUACUUCUCGGUCGGUGUGACCCCGUUUCUGCAACACCAGCCUUACCUGAGCAGAAUUUAGAGCCAAACUUUCACGAGCGUACCGUUAGUACUUUAGCUGGACGGGUAUCUCGGCAGUUGAUCGUACAGAUGGCUUCUUCCACCAGCCCACGCACACCGAUGCCGUCAUCAACAGCCAUGGAAAUCUUAGAGGGCCGGUCAUUUAAGAUCACACCGAUCAGGUCCAUGCAGCUACCUCAGGGAGUCAACACAGAGACCUCUCCUGAGAACCAUGCGGCUAUAGACAUUCCUUCACCAAUCAGAUUCAUAGAGGAGCAUGAUCGGCCGAUCUCAUCUCGAGCAAAGCCUCGAAGAUCAUUCGAGGCUUGGCAAAAAACAUCAUCCUCGCAGUCUAAGCCAGACACUAUGCCUCAGGUGUUUAAUGAGAACCAAAAAGACGGUAGUGAAUCUGGGUGCAAUUCCACAACGCUCUACAAUAGGGUGCAGAUGCAAGUCCAUGACUCUGCUGUCGGAUCGUUGAGGCCAGUAUUUCGAAAGCAGCAACUCAUGACACAGACAGCCCAAAGGUCUACAAGUUCCGAGCUGGAGAAUCCGACGGUCAUAGGCAGUACCAACUCAUCUUUCCUAUCGACCAAGCGUGUCAAAGCUCGAGUUAGUCCUUCCUCGAUACGUGCACCUAGCUCAGAGACGCCGAGACUCGCACAUUCUACUUUGUCACAAACUAGUGUUUGUAAAUCAGGUUCUUCUAGAUCGGGAGAGACAGAACUUCUGAGGCAAGACGUCGGUACUGGGAUUCGCGAUAAAUUCAGCAAGGAUAACCAGAAUUCUAAGCAGUCCACAGUUGACGCCACGCUAGAAAUGAAGAAAAAGCGCAGUCUUCGAAGUAUCUUUCACAGGCGCGACCCAGGAACCACGCUACCAUCAACCAAAAAACAGGGUCCAGAACGGUCUUUCGUUACUGGAAGUACUCUAGCUCAGCGCAUCAGAAACUCUACCAAUUUUUCCAAGAUCAGCUUAUCAAGGCCAACUGAAGUUAUACCGCGAACCGCACAAGGAAUUGUGUCUUAUACAAAUAGUACCGAGACAGUAAACCGAAAGGACUGUCGUCAGGCCACGCGAUCCGCUGACCCUCUAGUGCUCCCUCACGGACCUAAGCCUAGUGAACAACACGAGACAGCAGACUUAGUCCACAGGAUUCUCGAUAAUGUUACAUCGAUGGGAGAGGAGUCUCCAGAUCGACUGCGUGGUCUCGAAAUCGCAGAGGCUAUCUUGCAGGCUGUUGAGUGCUCUAAGGAGGCAAAAUUGAGUGCUGAGCUAGCUUGGAAGUAUGCUCGUGACGCUGACCUGAAAGCUCAGUGCGCAGGUACCGAGCUGGAGCGGUUGCAGAAGCUAUGUCAGCCUAGCUUCGACAAUGAGACAAUGCAGGCGAUCAAGCAGUUAAUCACCGCGGCUGGAGUUACGAGGCUACCCAAGUCAAGCGGGAAAUAAUGUGUUCAUAUGAACUCGGAAGUUCGACUAGAGAAUAAUAUGUUGCCGAGCUACGCUGACCCUCAUAAUGUGAGACUGAACUUCAAAGGAGGUUUCAUCAUACGCUCUACUAUCCUGGUGGCUGGCAGUAGGAUCGAUAUCACACCUGAAAAAAUGUGGAAUCGAUCUGUCGGGAAUCUUAGGCUGCGUUUGCUCAUGUGGAACAGCUGCCUGAAGCCGCGACAGUUCACUGAGGGCCU